AUGUAGAAUUUUCAAGUCAAAGUGUAGUGUUCUGUCAAGUAAACUCAAGUGCUGCUGCUAACUUUAGCGUUAUUUUAAGUAAAUUACUGAUUUUCUCAAAUGAUGAAGCCGGGGAAAAGCGUGGAUGCGAUAGAGGAGAUAGCUGAAGUACACACAACAGCGCGGUCACCAUCUCCGAAGCACAAAAAUAGUAGAAAUAAGUCACGUUCCCGGAGCCGCUCUGGGUCUAGAAAACUGUCUAACGGACAUACCGCCGAUAAGGAGAUUACAGAAGUAGCUCCCAAAAAUGAAGACCAAGCCUCGGAUAAGUCUAAAAUAAGAGACAAUUGGAUAAAUUCCGAACACGAGUCCUUAGACACGGAACUUCCAAUUCACGAACAAAUAAAGCAAGGUAUAAUAGGUUUCGUGGAGAAGGAAAUAAAGAAAUCGGAUAAGAAUCCUUCGUUUGUUUUCUAUUCACACGAUCCAAACCAUUUGGAUGAGAAAUUGAUGAAAACAUUGUCACGACCUUCAAGUGGUCAUAAGGAGAAACGGAGUCCAUCUUAUAGGAAAAAGAAACGGCAUUCUUCUAGGCAUAGAGACAGAGAUCUGCAUGAUUUUGAAAUUCCUGGGUCCAGUCUAAGUGCACUGGAGAAGGUUGAUGAUUACCUAAAAGAAUACAACAAAGAAGAAGUAGUAACACUAAGCGGUGAGUUAGAAAUUGAGGAGAAUGAUCUGGAAAACAACAAUGGUACAGCUAAGGAGCUCCGUCAUAAACCCAGGAAGACCAGACGAAGAGCACGUGAUGAGAGACAAGAUAGCAAUGCUAAUGGGAGAGAUGUUAGCCCUAAGGUGUUUAAGACUGGAACUAAGAGCAAGAGUAGUACAAAACCAGCUCGCCCAACAGAUUUGACAGCAAUGCUAGAAACAUUAGAAACCAGCAUGCCAUACAAUGAUCAGUAUAUUGACAAUCCUUUCUCCUCUCCAUCUCCAUUGACAUCGCCGAAUGAUGAGAGGUUGAACCCAUUUGGGACCAGAAGAACGGAAAAGAUAUACUUGCAAGGAGGAGGGACUUUUAGAGCUGUCUCCAGAGACCGGAUAUUAGAAUCUCAGCAGUCUAGAGAUGGGGAUAAAUAUUUAAGAUUAGGCGAUCUAACCCCUCUGGACGUCGCUUUAACAGCCCAAAAGGCUUGGCGGUCAUGUGCGCCAGCCUGUCACGGCGUCCUGGGAGGGCUGUCAUUGAUGCAUCUUCUUCUCAUCAGCUAUUCUGACAGCCUGGAUGCUGGACAUUUGUCGUUCCAUGCUGUUGUCACCAUGCCUUAUGUGGCUUCUUACUACUUCUUUUGUGUUCUGUGCUUGCUUUCUGUUCUGGAUCGGUAAGUUG